AUGGGAACUGAGUGUACAUCUCACAAUGUUGCACAAAAAUCAUACGGUGAUUUGUUAAAUGAGACUCAAAAUAUACGAAAUACGUUUGAGAAAUUUACCGAUGAAGAUCGUAAGAAGAAUAAAUUGAGAUUAAAAGCUAUUAUUUAUGCAGUCCGUUGGUGUGCCUUUCAAGCAAUUGCAUUUAGAGGUCAUAAUGAAAGACCAGAUUCCAUUAACAAAGGAAAUUUCCUUGAAAUGUUGGAGGCAAUUUGUUCUUUUAACAAUGAGAUGAAAGAAUUGUUUUGUACUGCUCCUAAACAUGCAUCAUAUACAUCACCAACAAUUCAAAAGGAGAUUUUAAACCUUAUUUCUAAUAGGGUGAGACGGAUGAUUUGUGAGGAGAUUGAUGGUGGAAAAUUUUGUUUACUUGUUGAUGAAGCACGUGACGAGUCUAACAGAGAACAAAUGUCUAUUGUUUUGAGACUCGUAAAUAAAGAUGGCGCUAUUAUGGAGCGUUUCUUUGGACUUGUUCAUGUUCCCGACUCUACAUCACAAACUUUGAAGGAUAGAAUAUAUUUUCUAUUGACACAUAACAAUCUUGAUUUUAAGUCGAUUCGUGGCCAAGGGUAUGACGGUGCAAGCAAUAUGCGAGGUCAUUUCAAAGGUUUACAAGCAUUGAUUUCAAAGGAUUGUCCAUUUGCAUAUUAUGUUCAUUGUUUUGCUCAUCAAUUGCAAUUAGCAUUAAUGGUUGCUUCAGAAGGAGUUAUUGUGGUGCAAAAGUUUUUUACUAAAUUAUCUUUUGUUAUCAACGUCGUUGGUGCUUCUUCCAAGCGUUCCGACCAACUAAGAGAUGCACAAGCCAAACAAAUGGCAUAUUUUAAAUCUAUUGGUGAGUUAGAGACUGGUAGAGGCCUCAAUCAGAUUGUUAUUGAGGAUGACAUUGGUUCGAUCAAAGGAGAUGCAGAUUCAGCAUAUGAGACUAUUACUACAUUUGAAUUCAUUUUUGUUCUAGAUCUCGAGAAAGAAAUAAUGGAGAUCACAGAUUUACUUUGCCAAGCUUUACAAAGAUAA